AUGGGUAACAGUCUAAGGUGUUGUUUGGCUUGUGUUCUUCCCUGUGGAGCGCUAGACUUGAUCCGAAUCGUCCAUUUGAACGGCUACGUAGAUGAGAUUACCGGUCCAGUCAAGGCCGGUGAGAUCCUCAAAGCCAACCCAAAUCACGUCCUUAGCAAACCAUGCUCCCAAGGCGUUGUACGUAAAAUUUUGAUACUCUCGCCGGAUUCCGAGCUCAAGAGAGGAAGCAUAUACUUCCUGAUCCCGGCGUCCUCGCUACCGGAGAAGAAAAAGGCCGGCGCUAAGAAGUCCUCCAAGAAGACCUCCAAAAAGUCCGAUGAUCGUCGUAAUUAUCUAGCAGCAGAUAUCAUCUCCGACAAGAAAUCCUCACGUAGGGAUCGUAGGACUGGCCUGGUUGGAGUAUGGCGGCCUCAUCUUGAGAGCAUCUCCGAAGACUAAUUAACGCACUUUUUUUUUUCCGGUGCCGGAAUCUGACAUGUCCGGCCGGGUAUGACCAAAGUGGUUCAAUCAUGCAAUGGGGCCGAUUUUUUAAUGUACGUGGGGUUAUUGGUUUUGUGGAUAAUUAAGUUUCACUUUCUUUGCCUUUUUGUUAUUUCGGUCUGCGUAUAAU